CGACGCCGGCGUGGGCGCGGUGCACGCUGGGAGCUGUCAGUAGGCCCUUGGGCUCCCGGCCUCGGUGUCGCUGUCGCGGUUGCCAGGAGAGCGGCGCCGGCGGGGAGCGGCCGAGCCCACGGCAGGUAAUGAUUUUACCUGAUUUUGGAACUGGUCUCUAGUGGGACGCUGUGGGAGGAUGAACACAGAAGAGCUGGAGUUAUUGAGUGACUCCAAAUACAGAAACUAUGUAGCUGCAAUUGACAAAGCACUAAAGAAUUUUGAAUACUCCAGUGAAUGGGCAGAUCUGAUAUCGGCACUUGGAAAACUUAAUAAGGUUUUACAAAAUAAUGCAAAGUACCAGGUAGUACCCAAAAAGCUGACCAUAGGCAAACGCCUAGCCCAGUGUCUACAUCCAGCAUUACCAGGUGGAGUUCAUCGGAAAGCACUUGAAACAUAUGAAAUUAUCUUCAAAAUCAUUGGACCUAAGCGACUUGCCAAAGAUCUUUUUUUAUAUAGUUCUGGAUUAUUUCCUCUUCUUGCAAAUGCUGCCAUGUCUGUGAAACCAACAUUGCUAAGUUUGUAUGAGAUCUAUUACCUGCCUUUGGGUAAAACACUGAAGCCUGGUCUACAAGGAUUGCUAACUGGUAUUCUCCCUGGCUUAGAAGAAGGAUCAGAGUAUUAUGAGAGAACAAACACAUUGUUGGAAAAGGUUGCUGCUGCAGUGGACCAGUCAGCAUUUUACAGUGCCCUCUGGGGUAGUCUUCUCACCAGUCCUGCUGUGCGUUUACCUGGAAUCACGUAUGUUCUUGCCCAUUUGAACAGGAAGCUUUCCAUGGAAGAUCAACUGUAUAUAAUUGGCAGUGAUAUUGAGCUAAUGGUAGAAGCAGUAAGUACUUCGGUGCAGGACUCAAGUGUACUUGUACAGAGAAGCACACUGGACCUCAUACUCUUCUGUUUUCCGUUCCACAUGAGUCAGGCCACUCGACCAGAUAUGAUCAGGAUCUUGUCAGCAGCCCUUCAUGUAGUACUAAGGAGGGAUAUGUCCCUGAACCGAAGACUUUAUGCAUGGCUUCUUGGUUUUGAUAACAACGGUGCUAUCAUAGGACCCAGAAGCACAAGACACAGUAAUCCUGAAGAACAUGCCACUUACUAUUUCACUACAUUUUCAAAAGAAUUGUUGGUUCAGGCAAUGGUGGGGAUCUUACAAGUGAAUGGAUUUGGAGAAGAGAGCACUUUAAUGCAGGAUCUAAAACCUUUUCGUAUUUUAAUCAGUUUACUGGACAAACCUGAGCUAGGACCUGUAAUUCUAGAAGAUGUCCUAAUUGAAGUGUUUAGAACGUUAUAUUCUCAAUGCAAAGCAGAAUUGGAUCUUCAGAUGGAACCACCCUUCAGCAAGGAUCAUGCUCAGUUAAGCAGUAAAUUAAGGGAAAAUAAGAAAACAGCAGAGCUGAUUAAAACUGCCAACCUUCUCUUUAAUUCAUUUGAGCCUUAUUAUAUGUGGGAUUACGUUGCACGUUGGUUUGAAGAAUGUUGUAGGAGGACACUGCAUGCCAGACUUCAGAUUGGGCCUGGAGAUAGCAGUGAGUCAUCUGAGUUACAGCUGACCAGUUUCUGCUUACUGGUGGAUUUUUUAUUGGAUAUAGUUUCUUUGCCUACUAGAAGUAUGAGGGUGCUGUGUCAGGAGACGUAUAUUGAAAUCCAGACAGAACACUUGCCCCAGUUGCUGCUCAGGAUGGUCUCUGCCCUGACAAGCCAUCUCCAGACACUGCGUUUGUCUGAACUCACAGAUUCACUCAGGCUCUGCUCAAAGAUCCUUAGCAAGGUUCAACCUCCACUGUUAGCUGCCAGCACUGGAGGUGUGUUGCAGUUUACAAGUGGGCAGAACAACUCAGUCAGAGAAUGGGAAGACAAAAAGGUAUCAUCAGUUUCUCUUGAAAAUCCUACAGAAGUGUUUGAAGAUGGAGAAAAUCCACCUAGUAGUCGAUCAUCAGAGAGUGGGUUCACUGAGUUUAUACAGUACCAAGCAGAGCGACCUGAUGAUAUUGACAGAGAACUGAGUGAGGGACAGGGGGCAGCUGGCAUCCCAAUUGGUAGCACAUCCUCUGAGACAGAAACAGCCUCCACUGUGGGAUCCGAAGAAACCAUCAUCCAGCCCCCUUCCACAGUCACUCAGGGGGCAGCACCCCGAAGUGGGAAGACAGCCCAAAAGACCGCAAUGCAGUGCUGCUUGGAGUAUGUCCAACAGUUUCUCACCAGACUUAUCAACCUCUACAUCAUUCAGAGUAACUCUUUUUCUCAGGCUUUGGCUCCAGAGCAUCAAGGGGAUCUCAGUGGAGAGCAAGGAGAGACUUCAAAAUGGGACAGGGAUUCACAUGGAGAUGUAAAAGAGAGAAAUAUAAGUAAACAAAAAGCUUCAAAAGAAUACCUUUCAGCCUUCCUUGCUGCCUGUCAGCUCUUUUUGGAGUGCUCGAGUUUCCCGGUUUACAUUGCUGAGGGGAACCAUACCACAGAGUUACAUUCUGAAAAAUCAGAGACUGACUGGGAGCAUGUGCAGCCUCCGCUGUGGCUCCACACUCUGAUGAAUGCUUGCAGCCAAGCAGGUGAUUUCAGUGUGCAGAGCGUUGCUGUUUCACUAGUCAUGGACCUGGUGGCAUUGACUCAGUCUGUGGCCAUGGUCACUGGGGAAAACAUCAACAGUGUGGAGCCUGCACAACCCUUAAGUCCAAACCAGGGAAGAGUAGCUGUGGUUAUUAGACCUCCCCUCACUCCAGGCAAUCUGAGGUACAUAGCUGAGAAGACGGAAUUUUUCAAGCAUGUAGCUUUAACACUGUGGGACCAGCUGGGAGAUGGGACACCUCAGCACCACCAAAAGAGUGUGGAACUGUUUUAUCAAUUACAUAACUUGGUUCCUUCUUCUAGCAUCUGUGAGGAUGUUAUAAGUCAGCAGUUAACCCAUAAAGAUAAGAAAAUAAGGAUGGAAGCACAUGCAAAGUUUGCAGUUCUUUGGCAUCUAACAAGGGACCUUCAUAUAAAUAAGUCUUCAUCUUUUGCACGUUCUUUUGACAGGUCACUGUUCAUCAUGUUAGAUAGCCUUAACAGUCUCGAUGGUUCUACUAGCUCUGUGGGACAAGCCUGGCUGAACCAAGUCCUACAAAGACAUGAUAUUGCAAGAGUUUUGGAACCAUUGCUGUUGCUCCUGCUUCAUCCAAAAACUCAGAGGGUUUCAGUGCAGCGUGUACAAGCAGAACGUUAUUGGAAUAAGGCUCCCUGUUAUCCUGGAGAAGAGAGUGACAAGCAUUUCACGCAAAAUUAUGCAUGCAGCAAUGUAAGCCAAGUACAUCUCAUUGCAUCUAAAGGAAAUGGUGAAAAGCCGCUCUCCAUGGAUGAAAUAGAGAACUUUAGUCUCACUGUUAAUCCAUUAAGUGACAGACUUUCCCUUCUAAGUACCAGCAGUGAGACGAUUCCAAUGGUUGUAUCUGAUUUUGAUCUUCCAGACCAACCGAUUGAAAUACUUCAGAGUUCUGACUCUGGGUGUUCACAGUCCUCUGCUGGGGACAACUUGAGUUAUGAAGUUGAUCCUGAAAAUAUAAAUGUCCAAGAGGAAUCCCAGAUGCCAAAUGCAGACUCCCCAGAUGAUGAUGUUCAGCAGGUAGUGUCUGACCUGAUAUGUAAAGUUGUAAGUGGCCUUGAAGCAGAAUCGGCAUCAGUUACAUCUCAGUUAGAAACUGAAGCUAUGCCCCCAACACACAAUGAUGUAGCUCCAGGUGAGGAGGCGACUAAAAGUGAAGAUCAGUUCACUCAGCAGAGUCAGAGUGCUUCGCUGAGUAAUGAAAAUUCUCAGUUUCUGUCUCUGUCUGCGGAGGGAGGCCAUGAGUGCGUGGCAAAUGGAAUCUCCAGAAAUAGCUCCUCACCUUGUAUUUCAGGAACCACACAGCAUCUCCACGACUCUUCGGUUGCUUCCACAGAAACCAAAUCUAGACAGAGGAGUCAUAGUAGUAUUCAGUUCAGCUUCAAAGAAAAAUUAUCAGAAAGAGUCUCAGAGAAAGAAACAAUUGUUAAGGAGUCAGGUAAACAACCAGGAGCAAAACCUAAAGUAAAACUUGCCAGAAAAAAGGAUGAUGACAAGAAAAAAACUUCAAAUGAAAAACUCAAACAAACCAGUGUAUUCUUUAGUGAUGGUCUGGAUUUAGAGAACUGGUAUAGCUGUGGAGAGGGAGAAAUUUCUGAAAUUGAGAGUGACAUGGGUUCUCCAGGGUCGCGGAAAUCUCCCAACUUCAACAUCCAUCCUCUCUAUCAACAUGUGCUUCUGUAUCUCCAGUUGUAUGAUUCAUCAAGGACUCUGUAUGCUUUUUCUGCCAUCAGAGCCAUCUUGAAAACUAACCCUAUUGCUUUUGUAAAUGCCAUUUCGACCACUAGUGUAAAUAAUGCAUAUACCCCUCAGUUGUCUCUGCUUCAGAAUCUAUUGGCCAGACACCGGAUUUCUGUUAUGGGCAAAGACUUUUAUAGUCACAUUCCAGUGGACUCAAAUCAUAACUUUCGGAGUUCUAUGUACAUAGAAAUUCUAAUUUCCCUCUGCUUGUAUUACAUGCGUAGCCAUUACCCAACUCAUGUCAAGGUCACUGCACAAGAUUUAAUAGGCAAUCGAAACAUGCAGAUGAUGAGCAUAGAAAUUUUGACACUCCUCUUUACUGAGCUGGCAAAAGUAAUAGAAAGCUCGGCAAAGGGUUUCCCUAGUUUUAUCUCCGAUAUGUUAUCUAAGUGCAAAGUUCAGAAAGUUAUUCUUCACUGUUUGCUGUCAUCUAUCUUUAGUGCACAGAAAUGGCACAGUGAAAAAGUGGCAGGUAAGAAUGUGGUUGCUGUGGAAGAAGGUUUCUCAGAGGACAGCCUUAUCAAUUUCUCAGAGGAUGAAUUUGACAAUGGCAGCACACUCCAGUCACAACUUCUGAAAGUGCUUCAGAGGCUCAUUGUUCUAGAACACCGGGUAAUGACUGUCCCUGAAGAGAAUGAAACAGGUUUUGAUUUUGUUGUAUCUGAUCUGGAACACAUCAGUCCCCAUCAGCCCAUGACUUCUCUUCAGUAUUUGCACGCUCAGCCAAUCACAUGUCAAGGCAUGUUCCUCUGUGCAGUGAUACGAGCUUUACAUCAACACUGUGCUUGUAAGAUGCACCCACAGUGGAUUGGUUUAAUCACAUCUACUCUGCCUUACAUGGGAAAGGUUCUACAGAGAGUGGUUGUUUCUGUAACCCUACAACUUUGCAGAAAUUUGGAUAACCUAAUUCAGCAGUACAAAUAUGAAACAGGAUUAUCUGAUAGUAGGCCUCUGUGGAUAGCAUCAAUUAUUCCACCAGAUAUGAUUCUUACCCUUUUAGAAGGGAUUACAGCCAUUAUCCAUUACUGUUUGUUGGAUCCUACUACACAGUAUCACCAACUUUUGGUCAGUGUAGACCAAAAACACUUGUUUGAAGCCCGCAGUGGAAUCCUCUCAAUUCUUCAUAUGAUUAUGUCCUCUGUGACAUUGCUUUGGAGCAUACUGCAUCAGGCUGAUUCUUCAGAAAAGAUGACUAUUGCUGCGUCUGCGUCUAUUACCACUAUUAAUCUUGGAGCCACAAAGAACUUGAGACAGCAGAUUCUUGAAUUAUUGGGCCCGAUUUCAAUGAAUCAUGGUGUUCACUUUAUGGCUGCCAUUGCGUUUGUAUGGAAUGAAAGAAAACAGAACAAAACCACCACCAGGACCAAAGUCAUUCCAGCAGCCAGUGAAGAACAGCUUUUACUGGUAGAACUGGUUCGCUCAAUCAGUGUCAUGAGAGCAGAAACUGUUAUACAGACUGUGAAAGAAGUUUUAAAGCAGCCUCCAGCCAUAGCCAAGGACAAGAAACAUCUUUCUUUGGAAGUCUGCAUGCUUCAGUUUUUCUAUGCUUAUAUUCAAAGAAUUCCAGUGCCCAAUUUAGUGGACAGCUGGGCAUCACUGUUGAUACUUCUCAAAGACUCAAUACAACUGAGUCUUCCAGCCCCAGGGCAGUUUCUGAUACUUGGGGUUCUGAAUGAGUUUAUUAUGAAAAACCCUAGUCUGGAAAAUAAAAAAGACCAAAGAGACCUUCAGGAUGUGACUCAUAAAAUAGUGGAUGCAAUUGGUGCAAUUGCUGGUUCUUCUUUGGAACAGACAACAUGGCUUCGGCGGAAUCUUGAAGUUAAGCCGUCUCCCAAAAUAAUGGUGGAUGGAACCAAUUUGGAAUCUGAUGUUGAAGAUAUGUUAUCACCUGCAAUGGAAACCUCAAACAUAACUCCUUCUGUAUAUAGUGUCCAUGCACUGACGUUACUUUCUGAGGUUUUGGCUCAUCUUUUGGAUAUGGUUUUCUAUAGUGAUGAAAAAGAACGGGUUAUUCCUUUACUUGUAAAUAUUAUGCAUUAUGUUGUGCCCUACCUCCGAAAUCACAGUGCACAUAAUGCCCCUAGUUAUAGAGCCUGUGUCCAGCUGCUUAGCAGUCUUAGCGGGUAUCAGUACACUCGGAGAGCUUGGAAGAAAGAAGCCUUUGACCUCUUUAUGGAUCCCAGUUUCUUUCAGAUGGAUGCCUCUUGUGUUAAUCAUUGGAGAGCAAUUAUGGACAACCUGAUGACACAUGAUAAGACAACAUUUAGAGAUUUGAUGACUCGUGUAGCUGUGGCUCAAAGCAGUUCACUUAAUCUCUUUGCAAACCGUGAUGUGGAACUAGAACAGAGAGCCAUGCUUCUCAAAAGAUUAGCAUUUGCUAUUUUUAGCAGUGAAAUUGACCAGUACCAGAAAUAUCUUCCAGAUAUACAAGAGAGAUUGGUUGAGAGUCUCCGUUUGCCCCAGGUGCCAACUCUUCACUCUCAAGUGUUCCUGUUUUUCAGAGUGUUACUUUUAAGAAUGUCUCCACAACAUCUUACCUCGCUCUGGCCUACCAUGAUUACAGAACUCGUACAGGUAUUUUUACUGAUGGAGCAGGAGCUCACUGCUGAUGAAGACAUCUCACGGACUUCAGGCCCCUCUGUGGCUGGUCUGGAGACAACCUAUACAGGAGGUAAUGGCUUUUCUACUUCAUAUAACAGCCAGCGGUGGUUAAACCUCUAUCUCUCUGCUUGCAAAUUUUUGGACCUGGCUUUGGCAUUGCCCUCCGAAAAUCUUCCUCAGUUUCAAAUGUACCGAUGGGCCUUUAUUCCAGAAGCCUCAGAUGAUUCAGGUUUGGAAGUCAGAAGGCAGGGCAUACAUCAACGAGAAUUUAAACCUUAUGUAGUACGACUAGCAAAACUUCUUCGGAAAAGGGCAAAGGACAAGGAGGAGGACUUUAAGACAGUGAUUUUGGAGGGAUUGGAGAUGGCCAAGCAUCAGAAAAAUCCAGAGGAAGACAACUCAGGGAGAACGUUGGGUUGGGAGCCGGGGCACUUGCUGCUCACCAUCUGCACCGUGCGCAGUAUUGAGCAGCUCCUGCCGUUCUUCAACGUACUCAGCCAAGUCUUCAACAGCAAAGUCACCAGCCGAUGUGUAGGACACUCAGGGAGCCCCAUCCUCCACUCAAACACCUUCCCUAAUAAGGACAUGAAACUGGAAAACAACAAACCAUUUUCCAGCAAGGCCAGGCAAAAAAUAGAAGAGAUGGUAGAAAAAGAUUUUCUGGAAGGGGUGAUAAAAACUUGAGCACCACAAGUGGUUCCAUUUAGUUUAAAUGUAAAUGUAAUUAUUUAAAACAAACAUUGCUCUGAGUUGUAUAGUUUCUUUCUUUUUUUGUAUGUAACAACACAUUUCAGGUUGUAUUUAAUUUAAAUAUUUGUAAAUAAGAGCAAAUGUCUGAAUGUGGCCUGAAUCAAGUUUAAAUACUGUUGGCUCAUAUGAUUAUGGUGCCUAAGAGAGAUCUAUAUAUACAUAAUAUAGUCCAUUGUUUUAUUGUCCUGAGUUGUCUUAAACCUGCAAAAUACAGACUGCACAUUUUUUUCUAUUGGUUUCAGGCUUUGUUUAAUUUGGAUUGGUUGGGGAUUUCUUUUCUUUCCAUUAUUAACCACAUUCUAGUAUCAGAAUGGUGUCACUUAGUCUGUCAGAGGCUUGGUAAUAUAUUACAAUUAGUUUUCUCCCACACACCUUCACUAAGAGGAGUAACAAGUCUUUGAGCCUGGGCCGCGCAUCCUCUAAGUGUAGGAUGAGCAUCUCAACCUCACGACAGAGUAGAGACAUACAUACAGCCUCCGUGUUCACACCUCUGAUUUCCUAGUGAUGUUAUUCCAUGAGGUAAGUCAUUUAAGAAUCGUUCUGAAGACUAUGCUGUGGAAAAAUUAGUUGUAUAAAGUCUUUUCCCCUCUCCCCAUUUGUAUCAACAGUGGUGAAGACUGCAAAAUGACAUCUUGGUUAGGUAACAGGGAUAGAAAAGACAAAGGAGUUGGUAAUAAAUAAGAUUUAAUUUUCCAGCAGCCCUCAUGAAUUUUCCCCUGCAUAUAUUAUAAAGUUAAUGAUUGAAUCAUACACUUAAGCCCCAAUAUUUUACAUUAGUGAGAUUGAAAUUAGAGGUAAGAUUCAUUUUUAAAAAACUGAAUUUAACAAGUAUAACGCUUACCUAUUUCUAAAGAACUAUUCUAGUAGUGUUUGAGAAAAACAAUCAGAUCUAGAAACAUUCCUGUAAGAUGCACUGUAAACAUGAUUAUAAAUGUUUGAACUUGUCAAUAUAAUGGCAGUACUAUUAUUUUGUA